AUAUAUACUUAACAUUUAUCAUCAUCUUUGUACCUUUGAAUCUCACUUCAAGUGGACAUAUGAUGAUGAAGCCCAACAUGGCUUUGCUUCUCCAAGCUCUCUUUUGUAUGGCUCUUCUGUGUGCUUGUCCAACUCUUAUUAGGGCUCAAACUCCAAAAACGGGAGCAGAUGCGGCAGCAGCGGCAGGCAUAGGCGAUAGCAAGCCAGCAGUGAGCCACGGGUUCACAUGGGGAGUGAGUGGUGACGGCAACCACGCGACCAUCAGUAAAGGGGUUAGUUGGCAAUACAAAGGGAGCCAUGGAACAGUGGGCUGGACCGGCGGCGUCCAGAAGAGCUGCAAACUGGGCUGCUGUGCCCCAUUUGCGGGCCAUUGCAAACAUUGCUGCAUAAGCGUUCAAGAAGCCCAAGGAUUCUUAGCCCACAUGAAGAAUCAUCAAGCCCAACAGCUGCAGCCUUAGUUUAGGAGCCAUAUAUAUAUAUAUAUGUUGCUGCUAUAAUCAUCAAUAUUUGUCUUCGACCUUAUCAUCCAUCAUCAUAUAUCUUUGAUUAUUAUUAUUAGAAACUAAUUAACCAUAUUUGGUCAAAAUAAUAAAUCAAUCAACCUAAGAUUAUAAAUCAAUUUAUAUGAAAUGAAUGUUUUCCUUUUCC